UCUAGGUUCUGAGAAGAUGGCGAAGGUGUCAGAGCUUUACAAUGUCACUUGGGAAGAAAUGCAAGAUAAAAUGAGAAAAUGGAGAGAUGAAAACUCAAGAAAUAGUGAGCAAAUUGUGGAGGUUGGAGAGGAAUUAAUUAAUGAAUAUGCUUCUAAGCUUGGAGAUGAUAUUUGGAUCAUAUAUGAACAGGUCAUGAUUGCAGCUCUAGACUAUGGCUGGGAUAAGUUGGCAUUGUUUUGUCUUCAGGAGUCGAGAAGACAGUUCCCUGGCAGUCACAGAGUCAAGCAACUAACUGGCAUGAGAUUUGAAGCCAUGGAAAGAUAUGAUGAUGCAAUACAGCUAUAUGAUCGAAUUCUACAUGAAGAUCCAACUAACACUGCUGCAAGAAAGCAUAAAAUUGCCAUUCAAAAAGCCCAGGGGAAAAAUGUGGAGGCCAUUCGGGAACUGAAUGAAUAACUGGAACAAUUUGUUGGAGACCAAGAAGCCUGGCAUGAACUUGCAGAACUUUAUAUCAAUGAACAUGACUAUGCUAAAGCAGCCUUUUGUUUAGAGGAGCUUAUGGUGAUUAAUCCACACAACCACUUAUACUGCCAGCAAUAUGCUGAAGUUAAAUAUACCCAAGGUGGACUUGAAAACCUUGAACUUUCAAGAAAGUAUUUUGCACAGGCAUUGAAACUGAACAACAGAAAUAUGAGAGCUUUGUUUGGACUUUACAUGUCGGCAAGUCAUAUUGCUUCUAAUCCAAAAUCAAGUGCAAAAACAAAAAAGGACAACAUGAAAUAUGCUAGUUGGGCAGCUAGUCAAAUAAACAGAGCUUAUCAGUAUGCAGGUCGAAGUAAGAAGGAAACCAAAUACUCUCUUAAGGCAGUCGAAGACAUGUUGGAAACACUGCAGAUUACCCAGUCUUAAUGUUUCAAAAACUCCUUCACUUUACAUUUCACAACUGCACAA